CUCAUACUGUAUUUUGCACUUCUUUCUAGGUUUGGACGAGGAUUUACCGUCAAGGUUCACGUGAAGAAUGUCAAAGUGAGCAUGGAGCCCCUCACAAGGUUCAUGCAACUUCACUUUCCAAAAACAUACUUAAAAGAUCAGCACCUCAGCAUGCUAGAGUAUCAUGUGCCGGUCACCGCAGGAGGAGUAGCAAACAUUUUUGAUCUGCUGGAAACCAACAAGACUGCUUUAAAUAUCACAAAUUUCUUAGUGAGUCAGACUACUCUGGAAGAGGUUUUCAUCAACUUUGCCAAAGACCAAAAGUGCUAUGAAACUGCCGAUACCAGUAGCCAAGUUUCCACCGUAAGCACUGACUCACAAGAUGACCAGCUGUAGUCUUAGUACCUCCAGCAAACUCAGUCUCAACAAAUGCCAAUGGCUUCAUUUUGAGGAGCCGCAGAAGAUACAAAUUCCUCAAAAUAUCUUAAUUUUAAAGUAUUAUUCUGUAUUGGAAAGUUACAAUUGUGCAAGACUAGCCAGUAACUAUAAAUGGAAAGUUUUCUUUCUAAGGUCAGUGAAUGUUUUUACUACUGAAAUGAAUUUCUGUCUACUCAGCACUGUGAGCAUGCUAGUGUGUAAGCUGCUGACUCUUAUGCAAAGGUGAAACCUCUGAAGAUGAAUGCCUUAAUUUAUUACUUUCAAUAAAAAGACAGCUUAAAAGCAUGGCUAUUAGCAGUUGAAAGGAAAGAGUGGAGAAGAAAAGUAAGGUAGUUUGGGGUAGGUAGAAUUGGGAGAGCAAACAAAAUAAUUUAUUUUCAGAAAAUAAUAGAAUGAACAUCAUCAUGAAUACAUGAAUCUAUUGUGAUGUGUAGAGUGCCAAGGGCCAGAUUAACAUUGGCAGUAAUGAGUGGGCACAAUGUCUAGAGUGUUUGUGUAUGUCAUCUUCAGUACCUGUAAAUACAUGGGGACAUACUGACCCCCCCGAAAUGCCUUUCUACAAGAAUGCUAUAGAAGGGCAGUUUACCCUGGUGGUAAAUAGAGCUUAAAUCGAUUCCUGCAGUGCCUUGCCAAUAGUAAGGCACAGAGCAGAGCAAGAAGCUACUUGCUUUUUGGCGGAAAUAGGUGUGUCAGCUGGGCAGAUACAAAUCCUGAAUGAUGAUAGAGAAUUCAUGCGCUGCUGGCAGACAACAUUUUUUAAAGCUGUUAAAGAAAGGUUCAUAUUCUGGGUCUCUCUGAAGGAAACAUUCCUGUGGAAGGAAAAUGAAUAUGAAGAUAAUUUUCAGCUAAUUACCCGGCUGACCCAGAAUCAUAUAUAUGGCUAUAGAGUAGACUUCAUAAUAAUGCCAAAUUAUAUGGCCCUUGGGGGAGGUGCUUUACAUAACAUGUGUGUGUGUGUGUGUGUGUCUAUGUGUCUAUAUGAGUUUGCUUUGGCACAUCUGUUUUGAAAAUCAAUAAAAUCAACAUUUAGUAAAAACA